AUGGCUAUAUCUUUACUAUCUCCAAAGAAAAUCUUAACUAGAAAGGAGAGAAACACUCCAUCCCCAUCUCCAUCUUCAAAUGCAACAGUAGCUGCCGCAGCAGCUGCUACUUCUAAAUCAUCAUCAACUACAACCACCACCACCACCACCACCACUCUCCCCAAUAAUAAACCUCAUUAUAUCCUUUCGCCUCCUAAAGCCAGAAAUCCAACUGCGACUCCUAAUCCUCAACCAAAAUAUACUUCAUUAUUACCAAAAUUAGACGUAAGAUCUCCAACCCCUCCUCCUGCUCCUCCUCAAAAACCUCCUCAAAUCAUUCAUAAUUCAGCUCCUAACUCGGAAGAUUCUUCUCUUUAUGAUUCAUCUCCUUCAAGUCCUAAAAUCCCAAAUCAAUCAAUUCCAAUAUCUCCCUUGAAGGCUCCUCGUUUAAAUUAUAGUAAUGAUAGUUAUUCCAUCUCAAGUUCAACCAGUCAACAUAGAAGAAACUUAUCUGAUAAGAUUAAAACUACUCCAUCUUCAUUUGUUCGUCAACUGAGAAUUUAUUCAAAUCUCGAUUUUGAUAUAAAUUCAAAUCCUUCUUUAACUUCAUUAACUGGUAAAUCUCUCCUUUUACAAAAUAAAUUAGAAACUGAUAAUUUACCUCCAGAAUUAAUCCCUAUCGUUAAUUUAAUUAAUGCUCAUAAAUUACGUACUUAUGCCCUUGGUACUUUCCAAAUCCCGGCUAUUUUAAAUGAUGGGGAAAAAGCAUGGUUAGAAGUUGAAGCUAAAUUAUCUGGAAAUGAAUUGGCUAUAUGGAGACCAAAUGUGGAUGAAGAAGAUGAUGAUGAUGAUAUAUAUAUCGUGGGAGAAAAUGAUGAAUUUAAACCAAGAUAUAUCAAUCUUAUUGAUUCAAGAGUUGAAAUCGGUCAUGAUUUACAAAUUCAAAUUGUUCAUGAUUUUCAAAUUGAUAAUAAAUUAUUAAUUAAAUUUAAUCAAGAAUCAGAUUUUAUAAAAUGGAUUUCAGCUAUUAAUUUAUCAAAAUUCGAAUAUAUCAGUCUUAAUGAAUCUUUCACUGCUUCAAUCUUAUCUUACAAAGGUACUAAAUUAAGUGAUUUACAUGUGUUGUUAAGUUCGAAAAAGAGAUUCCCAAAAUAUGAAUGGUGUAAUAUUCGUUUUCCACAAAUUAGUGCUAAAUAUUUAAAAGUUUAUGUGGGAAUCUUACCUUCUGAUGCUAAAAAUUCAUUAGGUAGAAUUGAAAUUUAUAGUUCUGAUAAAGUUCAAAAGAAGAAUUUAAUUGCUUAUAUAAAUCAAUUGGAUAGUGUAUUUAAUGUUUAUCCUGAACAUUCAUCAAUGAUAGAUUUCAACCCCAUUAUGAAAUUAAAUGGGGAGAUUUAUAUUAAUAAGUCAUUUGAAUAUUUAUUUUAUAAUGAACCAUUAUUAAGUAAAACCACAUCUUCAUCUCCACCUCCUCCACCCCUGAAAUUACCAACAAGAGUUGAUUCCACUCAUUCAUUAUCAUCAGUGACGUUUGCAUCUCCAUCUUCUCCAGCUCCUCACUCCAGAAAUGUAUCAGUUAAUUCCACUACAUCUUCAUUCUUCAAUUAUGCUCCUUCACCAAAAGUUGAUGAUGUAAGUAUUAGUCCAAAGAAGAAUUCCAAUAAUAAUAGAAAUAGAAGUGUUUCAUCUCCUGCUAAGAUUCUUUCUGGGUCAGGUUAUUUCACUACAAAUUCGAAUUCAACUCCAAUGACAAAUACCACAACUUCCACCUCAUUAAAUUCAUCAAAAUCAUCUACAUCAUCAUUUUUCAAAAAACAUAUUAAUAAUUUCGUAUUGGCCGAUUUCGUCUAUAUCAUCCCUAUAUCUCAUCCUGGUGUAUCACCUAUCGAAACCAUGAUCAGAAAUUUCAUCCCUAUCAUUGAUGCGUUUAAAUUAUAUGGUCGUCCUCAACAUUUAAUCAGUGAUAAAACAAAUGAACAAUCAUUAUUAUUCGCGUUACCUUCUUUACCAAGGUAUCAAUAUAUCAAUGAUGUUGAUUCCCAAUCUAUUAUUGAUAAGAAUUUGGAAUUGAUUAAUGAAGAUUGGAAUGAUGUUACUUGGAGACAAAUUUAUAAGAAUUUCAUUACGCAGAAAUACUUGAAUAAUACAAGUCAGAAAUAUGCUGGGUUUGGAAAUAUUCAUGAUUUAUAUAAUGAUUUAGAUUUAAAUUUACAAGAGAUUUCAAGUCCCAGAAUCUUAUUACCAAAAGUUGGGAGUAAUGAAUCAGAUAAUUUUAGUGAUAUUUUAAUUGGAUUUAAUGGUACUGCCAAUAAUACUCCAUCAAGAACCACUUCUCCAUUACCUGCUACCCCACAACAACCUGUUCAACAACAAACAUCUACUUCGAUGGUUAAUUCAAAUCUCCUUGGUGAUCCAAUUCAAUUACCUCCAAGACACGUUUCAUCUCCAUUAUCAUCAGUAUAUACUAAUAAUGAUAAUGUGGUACCAACUCUCGCUCCACCAUCAACUUCGGCACCUACAUCGAUUAAUCAUAAUAUUAAUAAUUUAAAAUUAAAUGAGGAAGAUUUACAUAAUUAUAGUUAUCCAAACAAUUAUUCCACUUCAAAUGAUAGAUCCCUUGAUCCAAUUGCUGAUAUGCCAACUCCAUUAGAUGAGAUUCAUGCUUAUCCAAACUUGGUUGAUUUAAAAUUAGGUGAGAAUUGA